CCAUGUGUAUCAUCUUCUUUAAGUUUGAUCCUCGCCCUGUUUCCAAAAAUGCGUACAGGCUCAUCCUAGCAGCCAACAGGGAUGAAUUCUACCACCGGCCGUCCAAAUCAGCCGACUUUUGGGGGAACAACAAUGAAAUCCUCAGUGGGCUCGACAUGGAGGAAGGGAAGGAAGGUGGAACGUGGCUCGGCAUCAGUACGCGGGGCAGGCUGGCAGCACUCACCAACUACCUGCAGCCACGGCUGGACAGGGACGCCCGGGGUAGAGGUGAACUGGUCACCCACUUCCUGACCACCGACAUAGACAGCUUGUCCUACCUGAAGAAGGUUUCCAUGGAAGGGCAUCUGUACAAUGGCUUCAACCUGAUAGCAGCAGAUUUAAGCACGGCCAAGGGAGACGUUGUCUGCUACUAUGGAAACCGGGGACAGCCUGAGCCCAUUGUGCUGACACCAGGCACCUAUGGGCUGAGCAAUGCGCUGCUUGACACACCUUGGAGGAAGCUGAGCUUCGGGAAGCAGCUCUUCCAGGAGGCUGUGGAGCAGAGCCAGGCUCUGUCCAAGGACGCCCUUGUCGCCCAGCUCCUUGGCGUGCUUAACAACGAGGAAGCACAACUGCCAGACCCGGCCAUCGUGGACCAGGGCAGGGAGUAUGUGCAACCCAUCCUGAGCAAGUACGCAGCUGUGUGUGUCCGCUGCCCAGACUAUGGUACCAGAACCAACACAGUCAUCCUGGUGGAUGCGGAAGGCCACGUGACCUUCACGGAGCGCAGCAUGCUGGACAAAGACCCCACCUGCUGGGAGACCAGCACCCAUGAGUUUAAACUACAGAGCUAACCCCACCUGUG